UCAGCCAGUCUGUAUGCGGUACCUACGGUCCAAGGUCCGCCCCAACCCCCACAUAGUGUCAUUUUAAUUUUCACAGGACAAUUGAAAAUUUUUUUUUAUAUAAUAUUUAUUUAUUAUUAUUAAUAUUGUACAUAAUUUAUAAUUAAUUAUACAAUUUUGUGCAUGUUGAAAUUCGCGAAAGUGGUGUAAGCCUAACUUGUUUUUUUUUUAUUUAUUAUUUAAAUUUAUUGUUGAAUUAAAAGGUCAAAUUUAAAUUGGUAAAUUAAAAAAGAUAUAAAAUAGCGAAUUUGUGAAAUUUUAAGACGAGGAGAAAUUAACAUGAGGAUAAUGAAAUCCUCAUUGGUGAUAUUGCUGCUUGGGGCAGUUGCAAUUUCUCAGGGUCAGGAUGAUAAAAAAGCUGAAAGCUUUGAAAGUGAAAUUUGCAAGGACAAGGACGCUGGUGAAUGGUUCCGGCUAGUUGCCGGUGAAGGUGAUAAUUGUCGUGAUGUUAUACAAUGUACAAGUUCUGGUCUUCAAGCAAUAAGAUGUCCAGCUGGUCUUUAUUUUGAUAUUGAUAAACAAACAUGUGAUUGGAAAGAUUCAGUUAAAAAUUGUAAAACUAAAAAUAAAGAACGUAAAGUUAAACCAUUAUUAUUUACUGAAGAACCAUUAUGCCCAGAUGGUUCAUUAGCAUGUGGUAAUUCAGCUUGUGUUGAACGUGGUCUUUUUUGUAAUGGUGAAAGAGAUUGUGAAGAUGGUUCUGAUGAAAAUUCAUGUGAUAUGGACAAUGAUCCAAAUAGAGCACCACCAUGUGAUCCAGCUGUAUGUGUAUUACCAGAUUGUUUUUGUUCAGAAGAUGGUACAACAAUACCCGGUGAUUUACCAUUAAAAGACGUACCACAAAUGAUAACAAUAACAUUUGAUGAUGCUAUUAAUAAUAACAAUAUUGGUCUUUACAAAGAAAUGUUUAAUGGUAAACGUAGAAAUCCAAAUGGCUGUGACAUCAAGGCAACCUUCUUUGUCUCUCACAAGUAUACAAACUACUCAGCCGUUCAAGAGAUGCAUCGUAAAGGUCAUGAAAUUGCUGUACACUCAAUAUCACACAAUGACAGUGAACAAUUUUGGUCUGAUGCUUCAGUUGAUGAUUGGGCAAAAGAAAUGGCUGGUAUGAGAAUAAUUGCUGAAAAAUAUGCAAAUUUAACAGACAACAGUGUUGUUGGUGUACGUUCACCAUAUUUAAGAGUAGGUGGAAAUAAUCAAUUUACCAUGAUGGAAGAACAAGCAUUUCUUUAUGAUUCAACAAUAACAGCUGCUCUUAGUAAUCCACCUCUAUGGCCUUAUACAAUGUAUUUUAAAAUGCCACAUCGUUGUCAUGGUAAUCUUCAACAUUGUCCAACAAGAUCUCAUGCAGUUUGGGAAAUGGUUAUGAAUGAACUUGAUAGAAGAGAAGAUCCAGAAAAUGAUGAAUAUUCACAAGGUUGUGCUAUGGUUGAUUCAUGUAGUAAUAUAUUAACUGGUGAUCAAUUUUAUAAUUUUUUGAAUCAUAAUUUCAAUCGUCAUUAUGAUACAAAUCGUGCACCACUUGGUCUUUAUUUCCAUGCAGCAUGGUUAAAAAAUAAUCCAGAAUUUCUUGAUGCAUUUUUAUAUUGGAUUGAUGAAGUAUUAGCAAAUCAUAAUGAUGUUUAUUUUGUAACAAUGACACAAGUUAUACAGUGGAUACAAAAUCCACGUACUGUUACUGAAGCUAAAAAUUUUGAACAAUGGAGAGAAAAAUGUGUUGUUGAUGGACCACCAGCAUGCUGGGUACCACAUAAUUGUAAAUUAACAUCAAAGGAUGUACCAGGUGAAACAUUAAAUCUUCAGACUUGUGUUAGGUGUCCAAAUUAUUAUCCAUGGUUGGCUGAUCCUACUGGUGAUGGUUUUUACUAGAUACAAAACAUCAAAAAUGAAUAAAAUUUAAUUAAAUAAUUUAAAACAAUAAAAUGACCUAAUUUCUUAAUCAAUGGUCUACCAAAAAUAAAAAAUAAAAUCAAAUAAAAUCAUGCCUCGAUUUAACAACAACAGCAAGUUGUAAAUUUUGGAAAAAAAAAUUUCCACAUGUAUUUGAAAGCAAAGAAAAAAAAAAAAAACAAAAAAUUGUAAAAAUCAUAUAAUUUUUUGUUUCUUAAUCCUUUUCUUGAUUUUAUUUUUCGCUAAUUUCUUGUCUCUCUCUCUCUCUCUUUCUCUCCCUUUUUUUUUAAUCUGUUGAAUUUUUUUAUUUCAAAUUUUUUUUUUCUUUUGCUUUCAAACGAUCCUCAAAAACUUCCAGCGAGCUUAAGACCAUAAUCCUCAUAUAUUUUUUUCAAGGAUCUACCAAGUUGCUCGCAAAAAUAAAAA